GUCCAUUACAAGAAAGCGAGGGCAUGACAUAAAGCACACGUGCAUCAGUUAGAGUGAUCCCGCUUUAAAACCGAGGUAACCGCUUGAGUUUAGCUGAUCGACGAGCCGAUGCCGAUAUAGGAGACGAUUCCUGGCCACCAUCUUCGUUGUCUAGUUCAUUGCCAGACAACACUACUUCCCAAGAAACCGUUUUCUAAGAACAGAUACUUCUCGAUACUUUGAAUCCAUUUUGCCGGACGCGACUCGGUGAUACGAAGACCGAAAUCCAUCCACACCAUCCAGGGACCGAAUUGCAGACGAGAGAGCGAAUACAAUAGUACUCCAACUUGGCGACUUCACCAUGGCUUCAAACGGAAACAAGGACUUCAUCAUCAAACACAUGAACGCAGACCACCAAGAUUCGUUGGUGCUCUACCUUCAGGCAUACUGCCACGUUUCCGCCGGCGAUGCCAAAUCCGCUCGGCUGGAAGAUAUCAGUCUCUCAGACCUAGUCAUCUUAGCUGAUGGCGUUCGCUACAGCGUUCCCUUUGACCCGCCUAUGAAGAGCUUCUCCGACACUCGUUCCCGCGUGGUGGCCAUGUACAAGGACUCACUGCAGCGUCUGGGACUGUCAGAGUUCGCCAUCAAAGAGUAUCGAGCACCCCAGGGUUUCCAAAUUGUCAUCUUCGUGACAUGUCUGGCUACAUAUAUUGGAUUCGUCCAGCGUAGCAACUUCCUACCUGGGUCUAUUAUUUACGAGUCGUUGGAGCUUGAGAAAGUCCCCGCGUUUACACAGUUUUGCUAUGAUAUUCAGCCGUUGUUGUUCCCGGCCAUGGUCGGAAUUCAUGUGUUGGAGUCAGGACUGUUGGCGUUUUUGCGACUGCGACCUCAUAGAGUGCCCUUGUUCUCGGGGUUGUGGUUCGCGUGGAUGACCUCGACAUUUAUUGAGGGUUUCGGAGCGUUCCAACGGAUCAAGGGGAUGGUCAAGGAGGAGGAGACAAAGCGGGAGAAUCGCAAGUGAUUGCAUUAGGGGAACAUGGUUGUACCGAUAGGGUUGUGAUAAUAGUUAACUUCAUAAUAACGGCCAAUGAUGAGAAUCAAAUAAGAAAGUAC